ACACACGGCCACCUGAAGCAUGUAGCACAGAUCACUCAGAAGACUUUUAAAGACACCUAUCUGUGUUUCUUCAGUAUAAAAUGUCACGAUUACUCAAGCAGUACUUCACCUCUAUGGUGCAAGAAAUAAUUCCGCUUGGUGCUCCGCGACGUGACAGUGUAGCUGCCACACCACAUCCUGUGUCAGGUAGUCCACGUAUUGAAACUUCUGAGAAGACUCCAAAAUUCUUGAACUCCCUGCCUAAUUGCAUCCAGCCCACCAAAAACCCUGAGCUGGAGCAGAGGGGCAAGAACACUUCAGUUGCACUCAAAGCCUCCAACAAGAGACCAGAACAGGACACUAUUCACAAUCGCAAAGUUGUAGGGAGAAAACUACAACCUAAUAAUGGCAACAUUAACUCCAGGAAGAAUGGCUCUCUCAAUCAAACAGUUAAAAAGGACAUCCUGCAGAGGACCAGUUCUUACAACAGAAACAAAGAAAUUUCUUAUGCUAUCACUAAGGAGCUGAAUGAAAACCUGAAGCGUGGAGGAGGUUUGUUUCAGUCACAUGCUGUGAAGGUCCAGAGUCAUUCUCCUUCUCACUCCAGGCGUAAACCUGAGAGUAGUAGUUCCUGCUAUUUCCGGCAGACACCUAAAGCAUCAGUUAACACAGGGGAGCGGAUCAUCCACCGUCCUGAUCAGAAAAAAGAUAGACUGAAGAAUAGAGACCACAAAACCUCCUAUUGUAGCGACAUGUCCAUACAGAAAGUACAGAAAUUAAGCACCCCUCACCACAAAAGUAAUCCAGAGGGCAGGAUGUCCCUGUCUGUAAAGAGGAAAAGGGAGAGUAGUACAGAAAAUAAGAAGGAAAAGAAACGCCCAUGUGUUGAUUUCCAAUCCACUACCAGCUCUUCCAAACAUGCUUUCAUGAAGGGCAACAAUGAGUCUGUGAUAACUAUAAAGGAGAAACAGUCCCAUAAAAUACUUUCUGCUGCACCAAACAGCAACAACAAACCCAGACUUCCGCCUUCCCUCCCCAGGCAGCUGUUUAAACCAUGUAAGGACUCAAACAAAGCAAGCGACAAACCUAACUCAUUUCAACUCAGUAAAUCACCCUUGAUUGCAGAGCCAAAAGACGCUAUGGUGGCACAUGCCAACAAAAAUCCCAAAGCUCCACCCAGCCAACCGCAUUUACGCAAAGUCUCUCCGAAGUCGAGCACAACGUUCGACAGCAUCGAGACACCACUCAUUACACCAGACUGUUGCUUACCAUCGCUCAAAACUCAUAAAAAAACAAAUGCUGAGAGAGAAACUUGCACACAAACAAGCCCCUCUUCCAACCAUAAGGAGAGCGUUAAAAUUGUCUCGUCCCCCCAUCAUCCCGAUCUAAGAUCACCCUGCUUUGCAGGACAAGCCGGUUCAUGUAAGAUGCAAACGGAUGAAAGGACGCAGUUGAAAGUGGAGCAGUCAUGCAGCCCCAAGGCUAUCAUGCCUGACCCAGCAGUGUCGGUGAAUAUAGAAGGAUCAAGAGAACAGAAGUGCUGCCCCCAGUGGAAAGAUCCCUUAGAUAUUGAGUUGGGAGACGACUGCCAUAUCAGUCUGAGCAGCAGCAGCAGUGGUCAUGAAGAUGAACCGCUGCCAUCUCUGCAGAAGCUGAUGAGUCGGAGAGACCAUGUUCCUGUUACUCCCGAAAAAGAUGCUUUUUCAGAGCCCAACACACCUGUCUCAAAAGCAGCACCCGAGGCAGUGAAAACCAAAGCUGCUAGUUAUAGAAAUACACUGGAGCAGAUGCUGCAAGAGAAGGAACAAUAUCAGAGGUCAAAAGAGUUGGAGAGACAGUUACUUGAGUCAUGUGAAGAGGAUCUGGUGAAUCUAGAUGAGAAUGAGAACAGUGAAAGUAAAGAGGAAGGCAUCUCACUUGAGCAAAGGGAAAUUUUGCGAAGGUUCUCUGUCGCCACAUGUGCCAUCAGGGACAUCCACCCAGGAGAGGAAAUAUUCCUGCCUGCUAGGUUUGGUCGACUCUUCAACCACCAGACGCUGGACCUGAGGAAGAUUACUGUGACUCCGCAUAACAAAUCACAACAAAUUCUCUUUAAGGCCCGUACUGAGCAUGUGCUGUCUCUGAUCAGUGCUGGCUUGUUGAGCAAAGCCUACUUUUCUUUCCCUUGUCAGCCUGAGGUUACACGCUGGCUUUUCCAGAUGAUGUCAGUUUACCCAAACCCAGUUAUUUCCUCUAACAUCAUGCAGUCCUUGCAAACCAUUGCUGUGUCUGCUGCUCAACACAUAGUUGAAUACCAGAGCCAAAGUUUUAAAGUGUGGGUACCCUCUGUACGGGACAUCACCCUGGUUUUCCUGAACAUGGGGGCAUCAUUCAUCAGUCUGUUCCCUCUUGAGGCUCUCCAACCCCCUUUUACUGAGGGAGACCUUUUAGAGAGCUUUCAGCUGGAAGAAACCAGCCAAGACCGAGUGAUAUCUGACAUGAAAGACAAUGGCACUUUACCAAUACAUAAUUUGGAGAGUGUUCUCAACUACCUCUCCCUGUGUACUGCAUUGUGUCCGAGAGCGUACACUGAUGAGGAGCUGGUCUUGCUUCUGGCGGUGGUGUGUAGAAUUGGACUGGAGACUCAUUUUCAGCUGCUGCCAACUGGACACUUAAGCAUCCUGCUCCAGAAUCUGCUUAAAAAUAUCACACACUGGGAUGUGCAGAUAUCUAAAGCUUGUCAGACCCUGACUGAUUUGUCAGAAGAUCAUCACAACCUCAGAAGACUCAUUUAUCUUCUUCCAGAUAGCAGUCGUGGAAAGCAAUUAAAACGACACCUCAGUGUAUCUAUCAUCUCAAAGCUUUUGAAUCACACCUGCACUUAUAAACCCUCAGGGACAGAGUUUAAGUUGUCUGAGCUGAUACCUUUCCUACCACAAAUGCGUCCCUCGUCCCUACUGAAAGGCCUCAGGUCUGCAAGGAGUGCAGAAGAUUGUGAUGCCAAUCUAGACCAGCAAGCAUAUUACCUCUGCUACAGCCUUUUGACUUUGACAAAUGAAGCCUCAAAUUAUGAGUUUUUACCCUCAGCUCAAAGAAAUGAUCUGCAGAUUCUUUCUUCUCAGCUGGAGAAGCACAUUAAGUGUGACAUAAGGGAGAGUGAGAAAAUGCUGUAUAGGAGCAAGGUGAAAGACUUUGUGGCAAGGAUAUACACCAAGUGGCAGGUGCUUCUAACACGAACAAGGCCUAAGGAGGGAAAGCUGUAUGAUUACUGGAAGCCCCCACCAGAGGAUGAGGUGUCCAGCAGUCCUCAGGGCAAGUCAUGCAUCAAAUCACAAGACAAUUCAGAGAUUCCAGAGGAAACUCUGACCACAGAGUGGAGCGAUGCAGAGUCAGAUAAGGAUGCUGAGAGCAAAGAGGACGAUUGUGGGGAACCUCAGCCUCUGGAGAGUGAGGUGAAGACCGAACAGGGUGAUGAAGAUUAUAUGGAAGACAUCAGUGAUGUAGAGGAGAAAAAUGAUGAGCCAAAGCAACAAAGGAUGGAACCUGAGGAUGAUAGAAAGUUUGAACCAAUAUCUGAUGAUGAACUCUUAGAAACUCACAAAGACUCAGAGUGUGAGGAACCUCAGCCUCUGGAUAGUAAGGAGAAGAUCAGACAAGAUGAUGAAGUUUGUGUGGAGGACAUCAGUGAUGUAGAGGAGGAAAAGAAUGAGCCAAAGCAACAAAUGAUGGAACCUGAGGAUGAUAGAAAGUUUGAACCAAUAUCUGAUGAUGAGCUCUUAGAAACUCAUGAAGACUCUGAGUGUGAGGAACCUCAGCCUCUGCAGAGUGAGAAGAUCAGACGAGAAGAAGAAGAUUGUGUGGAGGACAUCAGUGAUGUAGAGGAGGAAAAAGAUGAGCCAAAGCAACAGAUUAUGGAGCUUGAGGACGAUAGAAAGUUUGAACCAAUAUCUGAUGAUGAGCUCUUAGAAACUCACGAAGACUCAGAGUGUGAGGAACCUCAGCCUCUGGAGAGUGAGGUGAAGACCGAACAGGGUGAUGAAGAUUGUGUGCAGGACAUCAGUGAUGUAGAAGAGGAAAGGGAUGAGCCAAAGCAACAGAUGGUGGCGCUAGAGGAUGAUAGGAAGUUUGAACCAAUAUCUGAUGAAGAGCUGUUUGAAACUCAUGAAGACUUGGAGUAUGAGGAUGAUGAUGAUCUCAUGAACAGAGAAGAGGAGCUUCUAAAAGAUGAAGAGCCUCAUGAGUAAAACAGAAAGUACAUACCUGUAGAAGAAAUCACUGAGGCGUUAGAGAAGCUUGAGGACUUGUUAGAGAAAAACAAAGAGCUGUUAAGAGAUGAAAGAGGAAAUAAAGGAAGGGAUGGGUUUAGAGGCAUCUGAGAAAGAACAGAACUAUUCUCGGGUCAUUUUGAGAGAAUUUUACACCCCACCGUUGCUACCAUCCAUGCAUAAAUACUAUGUGGGGUUAUGUGCAUUUAUUAAUUGUUAUAGGAUCUUUUAAUAACACACUUCAUGCAUAUAGUUGUUUACAUCUUUUUUAUAAUAUAUUCUGUGGAUGUGUUUUGCAUUUACCAGUUGUCCUUAAUUUGUUUUUACAAGAUUCUUCUUUUUUAAGAUAAAUUAUGUCUUAUUGAAUGUUUGGCCUCCGUUUCUCUGAAAAUGAGACCAUGAGAACAUAUUUUUACAUCUAUACAUUUAAUUAGUUAUUAUCUAUAUGGUUAAUGUGCACGCUGACAGUUUUCAGAAUCUACUCUUUAUGCUGCUGUCUAAUCUAAUCCAUUUUUUUACUUUGCCAAAAAUCAGGGGCAUCAUUAUCCAGCAAAUAUUACUAUAACAGCAAAAGCAAGGGCUUAAAAAAUAGUCAACUUUUUAUGUGGGUUCCAAGGAUGUUUAAGCAUCUCAGUAGGUUCGAGUUAAUAUAGUGUAUUUUUAUUAUUUUGUUGUUAGCAAUCCAGUCUUCCUUGAAAAAAAAAUCACCCGAAUGAUGUUUGUCAUAAGGAUUAUUUAAAAACUGAUUUCUGUAUUUCUUAAACAUAGUGUGAGAUAAAAUCCAUUGGUUAUUUUUAUGAAAAUAAAUACUUGUUCUAAUAAAAA